CAGUAGGCCUACUGGCUAAUAUACAGUCGAUGUGAGAAAGUCUGUUGACGUUUUAAUACGCAAUCAUGCAUGAUGCAUGCAUUAAACUGUAGCAGACAAAAUAGUAGAAUGCAGAUUAUGUUUACCCCCUAUUAUGACAUACUAUCCGUUGUUUGUUUGCCUCAAAAUCUCUCGCAUAUCCAUCAUCACUUCACUACUUAGGUCACAGAAUCUUGUGCCCUGCACUAGCAAUCUGUGUGACGUAGAUCCGAGAUUUCGGAACGUGCUGUUCUCUCCGCGGAGGUCGUCAGACGCACUGGAUGGCAUGGUUACGUUACCGUCCCGCAAGCGUCCGGCGGUGGGGGGGGGGGGGGCGUAAGAGGAGUUUAUAAAAACAUGGUCAUGACUGACCAUGUCCAUUACUACGAAGGGCAAGAGAGAGAGAACGUGUGCUUUGAAAAACCCUAGCUCAGCCAGUGUCUGAGUAGUGAAUAUUGUGUGUGUGUGUGUGUGUGUAGGCUAAAAUGGGUCUGUCACUGUCUGGCUGGCUGCGUGGUAUCCCAGCCAAGAUGAAGAAGGAUGCUCCCUCCUCUUCCUCCUUCCUCCCGCUGUCCAUCCCUACCUCCUCCCGCCUUUCACUCCUCCUAAACUCCUCUCCCGUUGACCCUGGAGACCCCCGGUGCCGCUGGAGCCCCACACACUGUUCACCUCACUUCCUGCUGUCCCAGUGCGGGGAGGAAGUGACACGUGCACCCACCCAGCAGAUCAGCGACGGGGCUCGGGGGGAGAAGGGGGAAAGGGGAGGAAUGCACGUCUGGGAGGUGCUCUGGUGCCCCACCCACAGAGGAAGUCACGCUGUGAUUGGUGUAUCCACGGAGCACUGCCCGCUACAAACCUCUGGUUACACUGCACUGAUGGGCGGAGACUCACAGUCCUGGGGAUGGGAACUCACAAAUAAUCAGCUAUGGCAUGCAGGGCAAGCCCUGGGGAGAUACCCCGGGGAGAGAGGGGUGCAGGCGGAAGAGCAAUCUGUGUCCCCCCCCCACCCUGUCCCAGAGCGCGUGCUGCUGGUUCUGGACGCGGACACAGGAACUCUGGGAUAUGUAGUAGAUGACUGCUUCCUGGGCAUGGCCUUUAAGGACCUCCCCCAAGGGGUGGAGCUUUUCCCGGCCAUCAGCAGCGUAAGGGGUGGAGCCUUCAUACGACUACGCUACCUCAACGGAGCUACCUGUGAGCCUCCUGCACUGAUGGCUCUCUGUGGUCUGUCCAUCCAUGUGUCCAUGGGGAAAGAGAGAGAGACUCAGACAGACAGACUACCUCUGCCUCCUCCUCUUCAACGCUACAUCCUGCCCAGCAUGUGACACACACACACACACACCCACAAACUAUAGAGUAAAUAGGAAAGUUCUCACUGACCCAAUGUCCAUAUACUGCUUAAUUAAAGAACAGUUUUUAAUUGAAUUAUGCAGGUCAUCCAGAAAAUAAAUGAGCCUCUCUGUAUUUUAGGGAGUGGUUUGUGUGGUUUGUGUAACAGCAAACCAUCAUUGGACAGUGCUGGACGCAUUGUGAUGUUAGCUCCUCUCUGGCCUGGGACAUCCACGGUUGCUCUCUGUCCAAUCACAUUUCUUCCCCCGCGUCGUGUUUUUGCCAGGUUGAAUCCAACUUCAUCCACAAAGAUGAAAGUAUGUGCAGUUUGCCUGUCUUCCAUCUCCAUUACUCUCUAAAAUACAGUAAAUCCACAGUUUUACAGUACUUUACAUUAUGCAUAGCUGUGUAUAUACCCUGUCAUUGAACAGACAUCUUACCUGGACAUAUUGAUACCAGAGUUCUUUCACACAUUCACCGUUUCUCUCAAAAGGUUCAGUGUACAACUGCUUCAUCCUUAUUUUAUGUUUCUCUAGGACUCUGGCAAAUGUCGUUGUGCUGACCGUAUUCACAUUCCCAAAAGUGAUAUUGUCUGCCAGCACUCUGUCCCGAAUUUCCCGCAGUUUUAUUGCAUUGUUGGCAAUUUCCUGCGCAUCUGAUAAUAUUCUACCUCUCCCUCCUGUGGGAGGCAACCUUUGGAUCCUACUGAAAAACACAAAACAAUCAAUUUAUUUCAAAAUGUAAAAAUGUGAACAUACUGUAUUGUACUGUAAUAUGUAGUUAAAUUAUCAUUGAAGGAUGCACAUCUCACCUGUUGUUUUGCCUGAAAAUCCGUACUAUUGAUGCAACUGUUGAACGCUGCAGAUUUGGUUGCACCCUUAAACCGGCCUCUCUCAAAGAGAGACCAUGCUUUACAACAUGGUCAAUAAUUGUGGCCCUUAUCUCAUCCUCCACGCAUUCUCCCUCUCCCUGCCACAAUUAUAUGUUUUCGUGUAUUUAUUGAACACACCAUGUAAACAUUCACAGUGUAGGGUGGGAAAAGUAUGUGAACCCUUGGAUUUAAUAACUGUUUGACCCUCCUUUGGCAGAAAUAACCUCAACCAAACGUUUUCUGUAGUUGCGGAUCCGACCUGCACAACGGUCAGGAGUAAUUUUGGAGCAUUCCUCUUUACAAAACUGUUUCAGUUCAGCAAUAUUCUUAGGAUGUCUGGUGUAAACUGCUCUCUUGAGGUCAUGCCACAGUAUCUCAAUCAUAUCCAAGAUGGCGUAGCAGUUUAGACGUCUUUGUCUUGUCGUGUCCCGUGUAUAUAUCUUUUUUUCCCUUUGUAUAUAUUUUGUAUAUAUUUUGUAUAUUUUUUACCUCCAUUUCAACAUACUCUCCUGCAACCCACCUCACCCAAUGUGGUAUGGAUCUGCUAUUUUCUGUACUUUAGAACCGGAACCCCCAACAGAAGCUAGCCAGCUAACUAGCUACUAGCUAGUAGUCAGUAAGCCACUGCUAGCGGUCAUCAACUAACCUUAGCCCGGUCAACUCCCGCCAAUCUGCAUAGCGCGAUUCAAACCAGAGCAUACCAGACUGCUUUUUCUCCACAUCUCCGGAUUCCUACCGCAAGCUCUGAACAUUUUCACCUGGAUCAUCGCAGCUAGAUAGCUGCUAUCCGAGUGGCUACUCCUGGCUAACGUCUCUGUCCCGAAGCAGGCACCAGUUAGCCUGGAACUAGCUUCGUGCUAGGCCCAUCUUCCGGCUAGCUGAAGAGGUCCAUCAGCCACUCCUUGGGCUACAAUGCCUAUUUUGCCAAUUGGCCUGGACCCCUUUUACUGCCGACACAGAGCCCCGCCGAUCCAUCACGGCUGGUCUACUGACGUAAUCUGCCCGAGGGGGUUUCAACAGGCUCCUCCGUCGCAACAUCCCCUGAAGGCCCAUCUGCUAGCCGCGGCCCACUAGCUGUCUGGAGCAUAUCAGACUGUUAGCUGAAGAGGUCCAUCAGCCAAUUUCUUGGGCUACAAUAUCUAUUUUGCCAAUUGGCCUGGACCCUUUUACUGCCUACACGGAGCCCUGCCGAUCCAUCAUGACUGGUCUGCCGACGUAACCGUCCGAGGGGGCUACAACAGACUCUUCCGUCGCGAUGUGCCCCUAAGGCCCUUUUGCUAGCCUGCUAUUCCCGGCCCGCUAGCUGUCUGAAUCGCCGUGUCUCCAGCUCGCUACUCACUGGUCCCUAUGAUCACUUGGCUACGCAUGCCUCUCCCUAAUGUCAAUAUGCCUUGUCCAUUGCUGUUUUGGUUAGUGAUUAUUGUCUUAUUUCACUGUAGAGCCUCCAGCCAUGCUCAAUAUGCCUUAGCUAACCCUUUUGUUCCAUCUCCCACACAUGCAGUGACCUCACCUGGUUUAAAUGGUGUCUCUAGAGACAAAACCUCUCUCAUCGUCAGUCAAUGCCUAGGUUUACCUCCACUAUAUUCACAUCCUACCAUACCCUUGUCUGUACAUUAUGCCUUGAAUCUAUUCUUCCGCGCCCAGAAACCUGCUCCUUUAACUCUCUGUUCCGAACGCAUUAGAUGACCAGUUCUUAUAGCCUUUAGCUGUACCCUUAUCCUACUCCUCCUCUGUUCCCCUGGUGAUGUAGAGGUUAAUCCAGGCCCUGCAGUGCCUAGCUCCACUCCCAUUCACCAGGCGCUCUCAUUUGUUGACUUCUGUAACCGUAAAAGCCUUGGUUUCAUGCAUGUUAACAUCAGAAGCCUCCUCCCUGAGUUUGUUUUAUUCACUGCUUUAGCACACUCUGCCAACCCGGAUGUCCUAGCCGUGUCUUUAUCCUGGCUUAGGAAGGCCACCAAAAAUCCAGAAAUGUCCAUCCCUAACUAUAAAAUUUUCCAACAAGAUAGAACUGCCAAAAGGGGGCGGUGUUGCAAUCUACUGCAGAGAAAGCCUGCAGAGUUCUGGUAUACUAUCCAGGUCUGUGCCCAAACAAUUCGAGCUUCUACUUCUAAAAAUCCACCUUUCCAGAAACAAGUCUCUCACCAUUGCCGCUUGCUAUAGACCACCUUCAGCCCCCAGCUGUUCCCUGGACACCAUAUGUGAAUUGAUUGCCCCACCAUCUAUCUUCAGAGCUACUAAUGUUAGGUGACCUAAACUGAGACAUGCUUAACACCCCGGCCGUCCUACAAUCCAAGCUAGAUGCCCUCAAUCUCACACAAAUGAUCAAUGAACCUAUCAGGUACAACCCCAAAUCCGUAAACACGGGCACCCUCAUAGAUAUCAUCCUGACCAACCUGCCCUCUAAAUACACCUCUGCUGUCUUCAACCAGGAUUUCAGCGAUCACUGCCUCAUUGCCUGCGUCCGUAAUAGGUCUGCAGUCAAACGACCACCCCUCAUCACUGUCAAACGCUCCCUAAAACACUUCAGCUAGCAGGCCUUUCUAAUCGACCUGGCCCGGGUAUCCUGGAAGGAUAUUGACCUCAUUCCGUCAGUAGAGGAUGUCUGGUUAUUCUUUAAAAGUGCUUUCCUCACCAUCUUAAAUAAGCAUACCCUAUUCAAAAAAUGUAGAACCAGGAACAGAUAUAGUCCUUGGUUCACUCCAGACCUGACUGCCCUUGACCAGCACAAAAACAUCCUGUGGCAUACUGCAUUAUCGUCGAAUAGCCCCUGCGAUAUGCAACUUUUCAGGGAAGUUAGGAACCAAUAUACACAGGCAGUUAGGAAAGCAAAAGCUAUUUUUCAAACAGAAAUUUGCAUCCUGUAGCACAAACUCCAAAAAGUUCUGGGACACUGUAAAGUCCAUGGAGAAUAAGAACACCUCCUCCCAGCUGCCCACUGCACUGAGGCUAGGAAACACUGUCACCACCGAUAAAUUGAGAAUCCACAAUAAUUGAGAAUUUCAAUAAGCAUUUUUCUACGGCUGGCCAUGCUUUCCACCUGGCUACCCCUCUAGACCCAAACUGUUACAGACCUACAGUAUAUCUAUCCUACCCUGACUUUCUAAGGUCUUCGAAAGCCAAGUUAACAAACAGAUCACCGACCAUUUUGAAUCCCACUGUACCUUCUCCGCUAUGCAAUCUGGUUUCCGAGCUGGUCAUGGGUGCACCUCAGCCACGCUCAAGGUCCUAAACGAUAUCAUAACCUCCAUCGAUAAAAUACAAUACUCUGCAGCUGUAUUCAUUGACCUGGCCAAGGCUUUCGAUUCUGUCAAUCACCACAUUCUAAUCGGCAGACUCAACAGCCUUGGUUUCUCAAAUGACUGCCUCGCCUGGUUCACUAACUACUUCCCAGACAGAAUUCAGUGGGUCAAAUCGGAGGGCAUGUUGUCCAGACCUCUGGCAGUCUCUAUGGGGGUGCCACAGGGUUCAAUUCUCGGGCCGACUCUUUUCUCUGUAUACAUCAAUGAUGUCGCUCUUGCUGCUGGUGAUUCUCUGAUCCACCUCUACGCAGACGACACCAUUCUGUAUACUUCUGUCCCUUCUUUGGACACUGUGUUAACUAACCUCCAGACGAGCUUCAAUGCCAUACAACUCUCCUUCCAUGGCCUCCAACUGCUCUUAAAUGCAAGUAAAACUAAAUGCAUGCUCUUCAACUGAUUGCUGCCCGCACCUGCCCGCCCGUCCAGAAUCACUACUCUGGACGGUUGUGACUUAGAAUAUGUGAUCAUUUGCACACACUGUAUAUAGAUUUUUUCUCUUGUGUUACUAUGUUGUUGUUUGUGUCGCACUGCUUUGCUUUAUCUUGGCCAGGUUGCAGUUGUAAAUGAGAACUUGUUCUCAUCUGGCCUACCUGGUUAAAUAAAGGUGAAAUAAAAAAGGUUAUGGAUGUGUUACUGCAACCUUAAAGGUCCUCAAUGAUGUCACCAUUGCCCUUGAUUCUAAGCAAUAUUGUGCUGCUAUUUUUAUUGACUUGGCAAAAGCCUUUGAUACGGUAGUCCAUUCCAUAAUAAAAAAGUCAGGACUCUGACUGGGCCACUCAAGAAGGCGUA